CAUGGACACGGCUAACGUGUUCAGUCCGUUAAUCGUAGUUCAACUAGUUUGCAGUAUGUUGCUGAUGGCCUGUACCAUUUUCCAAACGGGAUUGCGAGUCAAACAAAUUGAUCCCGAUAUUGCUAUUCUUGUGUCAGUCGUUCUGAUCGGUUUUUCAACAUUAUUUCUCUACUGUUAUCUCGGCAAAGUGGCUACUGAGAGCUUUGAGAAAAUGGCCAAUUAUUUGUAUUAUGAGGUGAAUUGGCAUGAACUGCCCAUUGAGCUGCAGAGAUAUUUCAUCCUCAUGAUUGCGAACAUUCAAAAACCUUUAUACUACCACGGAUUUAGCAUUAUAACUUUGAAACUGGAAACGUUUUGCAAAUUCAUUCAAUAUGUGUAUUCAUUCAACAUGAUGUUCAAAACUCUCACAUCGGACAAAUAUAGUAACUAGGUGAUACUCAC